AUGCCAUCCAAGGUCAUCAUCAUCACAGGUGCCAGCAAGGGUAUCGGUAAGGCUGCUACUCUGGAAGCCAUUGAGAAAUUCGAUGCCAAGGUCGUUGCCAUUGCUCGCAGUGAGGCUCUGUUGGAACAGCUCAAGAAGCAAGUCCAAGCUGACUAUGGUAAGGGAAGCCAUUUGGAGUACGUUGUGGGCGAUGUUUGCGAUGAAAAAGUCAUCCACAAGGCUGUCAACAUGGCUGUGGACAAGUGGGGUCAACUUGACUCUGUUGUCGCCAAUGCAGGUGUGUUGGAGCCCAUUGCACCUGUUGCUGACGGCCCUCUUGAAGGCUGGAAGAGACUCUUUGAUAUCAAUGUCUUUUCCAUCAUCACACUUGUGCAAGCUGCCUUGCCUCAUCUUCGCAAAGCCAAGGGAUCCAUCAUCAUUGUGUCUUCCGGUGCUGCCCUCAAGGGAUACAAAGGAUGGGGUGCUUAUGGCGCAUCCAAGGCCACCAUCAAUCACAUUGCCAAUACGCUUUCUGUAGAGGAACCAGAGGUCACUACCAUUGCUAUUCGUCCUGGUGUUGUUGAUACCGCCAUGCAAGACCUUAUCCGUGCUGAAGGUGAACAGGGCAUGAAGGAGGAUCAUGCCAAGUUUAUCGAACUCCAUCGCACAGGCAAAUUGGUACAGCCCGAAGAUCCUGGCCAUGUGUUGGUUGCUUUGGCCAACAGCCCACCCCAGGAACUCUCUGGUAAAAUGUACAGCUGGAAUGACGAGGAAAUGAAGCCAUUCAAUCGCUCGUAG